CCUCAUCCCUUCCGCACGGGUCUCCAAAUUCCGGCCCUGUCCUACAGCUUACUACUUUCUCUCUGUCUUAAGACAAGCUUCACAUGCCGCCAUCAGCGUCUUCCGUGGAUUUCUCCAAUCUGCUCAAUCCUCAGAGCACCGCGACUGAUUCUACUCCAUCUUCGCCUGCCACUCCGGUAGAUAGCUCCAAGGGACCUUCUACCCCCUCCAGCACUCAGUCAACAUCCACGAUGGCUUCGUCUGUGAGUCUUCUGCCUCCGUUGAUGAAGGGUAGCCGUCCUGCGACCGAAGAGGUGCGCCAAGAUCUGCCGCGGCCGUACAAGUGCCCUCUUUGUGACCGUGCCUUCCACCGUCUGGAGCACCAGACGAGACAUAUCCGCACCCACACGGGCGAAAAGCCCCAUGCGUGCCAGUUUCCGGGCUGCACCAAGCGUUUCAGUCGCUCCGAUGAACUGACGCGCCACUCGCGAAUCCACAACAACCCAAACUCGAGGCGCAGUAACAAGGCUCAGCACCUCGCUGCGGCUGCGGCGGCCGCGGCCGGUCAGGACAAUGCGAUGCCCAACAAUGCAGGGGCCCUGAUGCCCCCUCCCAGCAAGCCUAUGACUCGUUCUGCGCCUGUCUCGCAAGUUGGCUCUCCCGACGUCUCCCCGCCUCACUCCUUCUCCAACUAUGCCAACCACAUGCGCUCCAAUUUGGGGCCCUACGCCCGCAACACUGAGCGCGCCUCCUCUGGCAUGGACAUCAACCUCCUUGCCACGGCUGCCUCGCAGGUGGAGCGGGACGACCACUUCAGCUUCCAUGCCGGACCUCGCAACCACCACCUGUUCAGCAGCUCGCGCCACCACGGCAGCGGUCGUUUGCCCUCCCUUUCGGCUUACGCGAUCUCGCACAACAUGAGCCGGUCGCACUCGCAUGAAGAGGACGAUAGCUAUUCGCAUCGUGUCAAGCGGUCCAGGCCCAACUCACCCAACUCCACUGCCCCCUCUUCGCCCACCUUUUCGCACGACUCCCUCUCGCCUACCCCUGACCACACUCCCUUGGCCACUCCGGCUCACUCGCCGCGGCUGCGACCAUUGGGCUCGAGCGACUUGCACCUCCCGUCGAUUCGUCACUUGUCGCUUCACCACACGCCUGCACUCGCUCCAAUGGAGCCACAACCGGAAGGUCCCGCCUACUACAGCCCCAGCCAAAGUCAUGGGCCGAGCAUCACGGACAUCAUGUCCAAACCGGAUGGAACGCAGCGCAAGCUUCCCGUUCCACAGGUACCGAAAGUGGCCGUCCAGGACAUGUUGAAUCCGGGCAGCGGGUUCUCCUCGGUCACCUCGUCCACCGCGAAUUCUGUUGCGGGCGGGGAUCUUCUGGAUCGUGCCUUCUAGGGCGUGGUUUGUAAGAUUGAUUUCCCAAAAGCAUUAUAUCUUCAUGCGUGCUACGACCGAAUAGACUUGUGCAUUUACAAAGGUUCAUGGGCAUCAUCGGUGUCGGUUGGGUGAUUUUCUUUUUUUGACUGUUUGGUUUUUUUUUUUUUAUUUUUUUUUUCUACAUUUCGUUGUACUCUUUUUGCGAGGCGUCA